UUCCAGACUGCUGGUCAUUCAUAAGAUUCAGUGGAGUUUCUUGGCUCUGGUAGAAGAGGAGGGGCUUCCAGUCUUGCGCCUCAUGCUGUGGAAUAUUCAGUGGAGUCUCCCCACACCAGCCAGUCCUCCAAUAAACACUCUCUGACUGUGCGAUUGGCAGCGGCAGCGGGAGUAGCAGCCUGUCAGCCACAAUAUUUUUCUGGACGGAGAGAGAGAGAGAGAGAGAGAGAGAGAGAGGUGAUGGUAGUGUGUUGAGCUGCAGGAUUCACGCUUCAUCCUCCAGAACGGACACUGGAUGUCAGGGCGCACGGAUUUCUGGGAUUUCUACCAUGCAUCUGCGUUGGAAAUACACCCGACACACAACCUCGGCUUUGAUGUGAUGUGAGGUUAUUAUUAUUGCACCAUGUUUUUUUAUAAUUCCUCAGACAGUAGAUCAUCUUGUUGCCGGCUGUUGCCUUCCUGGGAUCUCCUCUGCACAUAAAGUCCAUAUUUGGACAUUUGCAGCCUAAAAUCCUCACGGACAGAAAUGCAUCUGUAUUGCCGGCUGACAUCCCAUCAACCCCGUUAAACACCGUCUGCAUCGCCGCCUGGGGGUGGUGGUGGUGGUGGUGGUGGUGGUGGAGGUGGGGGGGCCAACAUGGACAGUGGGAGCCGGGUUGCGACGGUAGGGGACGGUGCAGCCAAUUUCACAUCAGCUCACCUCUGGUUGGAUUUCCUGAACGCAUCGAACCCGAACCCGACCCGGUGGGACAGCAUCAGCACCAGCAGCAGCAUCAGCACCAGCAUCAGCAUCAUCAGCACCAGCAUCGGUCCACCGGCCGAGGAAACCGGACUGGACGACCCGCAGCGCCUGGUUCGAGAGCAAGUCUACCGGGAUUUCACCACCACCAUUCAGGUUCUCAUCCUCAUAGGUUCGCUGCUCGGAAAUGCCACGGUGUUGUGGUGCACCUGCUGCACUAAUGUCUUUAAGUCCGUGACCAACCGUUUCAUCAAGAACCUGGCGUGUUCGGGUAUUUGCGCCAGCCUGGUGUGCGUCCCCUUCGACGUGGCGCUCGGGGCCAGUCCACGCUGCUGCUGGUGGCUCCACACUCUGCUGCUGUGCAAGGCCAUCAAGUUCCUGCAUAAACUCUUCUGCUCCGUCACUGUGCUCAGCUUCAGCGCCAUCGCACUCGACCGAUAUUACUCAGUUCUGUAUCCGUUGGAGAGGAAGAUCUCAGAUGCAAGAUCCCGCGAUCUGGUCAUCUAUAUCUGGGUCCACGCUGCGGUAGCGAGCCUCCCCGUGUUUGCCGUGACCAACGUUACAGACGUGUACGCCACUUCGUCCUGCUCCGAUGACCACGCCCACUCCUUAGGCCACAUGGUGUAUGUGUUGAUCUACAACGUGACCACGCUGAUCCUUCCUCUGGCGCUUGUCUUCCUCUUCAUGCUGCUGAUCCGCAGAGCGCUCAGUGCCAGCCAGAAGAAGAAGGUGAUAAUCGCAGCGUUGCGGACGCCACAGAACAGCAUCUCCAUCCCAUAUGUGUCACAGAGAGAGGCGGAGCUACACGCCACCCUUCUAGCUGUGGUGCUGGCUUUCUCCGCCUGCAGCGCCCCCUAUGGAGCCAUUGUGGUUUAUCGCACUGUUUUGACCGAUGCCGCAGAGCUGCCCGUGUUGUUGUACCUCACGGCCCUGUGGCUUCCCAAAGUGUCCCUGCUCACAAACCCAGUCUUGUUUCUGACUGUUAACCGCUCAGCACGUCACAGCUGGCUGGACCUGCUUGCACGGAUUCACAGACGUUACAGCCGCCGCAACGUGGUCAGCACCGGGGGUCUGGCGUCUUUAGGGGCGGAGGGUGCCAUCGGUGAGCCAGUGGGACUGGAGACCGCCGGCCGCUCUGGAAGCCAGCUACUGGAGAUGUUCAACAUUGGGCAGCAACAGAUCUUCAGACCUUCUGAGGAAGAGGAGGAGGAGGAAGAUGUGGAGAAUGAGAUCGCCUCUCAAGGCUCAGCGGGUUGCUCUGGGCCAAAGGAGGACAAUAAGGGUGGGUCCAAACUUGGGAGCCUCAGAGGGGAGGUGGUCACUAAAAAGGACCCGGUUCAGGGCUCAGGAAGUGGACUAGUCAUCACAAAGGAGGCCCCCCCUUCCAUCAUAGCGCCCCGGGCCUCUCCGGUCCAAACGUGUGCGUACGCCUCUUCAUCUCAGGUGGCUCCAGCUACACCCACAGAAGCCGAAGACGCCACACAGUUUGGGUUUGGGCCAUUUGAGCUGCCGCCGCAGUGGUUACCUGAAACCAGAAACAGUAAAAAAAGACUCCUGCCUCCUCUGGGGAACACACCUGAGGAGCUGAUCCAGACCAAACUGCCCAGGCCGAGAACAGAACGGCGAAUCAGCAGGAACAACAAGGUCAGCACCAUCCCCACUGUGGACCCUUGAACCCACCCCCUCUAGAACUGGAUGCAGCUCAGCACAGGUCAGACCUCCUGGCAGGAGGCUGAUGUGUCCAGCUGUUCUGUGAGAUAGUUUUGGCCCCAAAAAUCUCACAGAUGCAGCUGUUUUCCCAGUUGCCACAAAAAAUGUUACCAUUGUACAUUUCUGCAAAUCCACACACACUGAUAAUGUCAACAUGUGUUCAAGAGAUAGAAGGUCAUUUGAGGUGGACUGCAGAUGUUGAAAAUCCAGGACUUUGACAUCAGAGGUUUUCAGGCAGUAGAGCAGGGGUGUCAAACUCAUUUUAGUUCAGGGGUCACAUACAGCCUAAUAUGAUUUAUAAUGGGCCGGACUAGUAAAAUAAUAGGAUAAGAACCUAUA